AUGGACAAUAAUAUAUUUUAUGUGACUAAAUAAGUAGAAGAAUCUGUUGAAAUCAUUCAAGAUCGCCUGUAUUGGAUAUGCUCUGAUAAAUUGUUGAGAAAAAGUAAAAAUAUGUUUGUGAUGAGGGUAGAUGAGAUUUACGAAUACAUCGGAUUUAAUUUUGAUUUUGGUCCUUUAGAUAUUUCCCAAAUAAUGAACUUUUCCUAAGAGAUGUAUUAUUUAUUGAAAAAUCCUUCAUACAAAAGCACUUAGAUAAUCAUUCAAUGUGGAUAGGAUUUUGAUAAAAAAGCUAACUCAGCUGUUCUUAUAUGCGCUUAUAUGGUACUUUAUUUAGAUUAUAGUCCUAAAAAAGCUUGGAAAAAAGUAAGUUCUUAAUUAAAAGAACCCAUAAUUCCAUUUCGUGAUUGCAUUAAUGUUAUUUACUCAACGUAUGAUUGCUAUGUUUUAGACUGUCUUAAGGGUAUUGAAGAGGCACGUCGUUUAAAAUGGAUCGAUACUUAAUAAUUCAAUCAUAUUAAAUAUGAUCACCUUGCAAGUAUAUAAAAUGGUGAUAUUUCAGAAGUUGUACCAAAUAAAAUAUAUGCUUUCAGAGGACCAAGAAAUGUGAGAGAAAAUGGGAUAAACGUAGCAAAACCAGAAGAUUUUGUAGGCAUUUUUAAAUAAAUUAACAUUCAAAAAGUUAUUCAGCUUAAUUAAGAAAAAUAUGAUGAAUCUAAGUUUACAUAAGCAGGAAUAUAGCAUGUUAAAAUAAUUUUUCCAGAUGGUGGCAUACCAACGAAUGAGCAAGUAGAAAAAUUUAUUCAAGAAGUUGAUAGAACAGAAGGUAAUGUGGCUGUGCAUUGCCAAGCAGGGCUCGGUAGAACUGGUACUAUGAUAGCUCUUUACUGUAUGAAAUAAUACUAUUUUCCAGCAAGGUCAUUAAUAGCAUACAUAAAGAUGGUUAGACCUGGUAGUAUUCAUGGCCCAUAACACCAUUUUAUUAUUUCUAAAGAAAAAGAAUUUCUUCCCAAAGAAACAUAAAAGCUUCAAGUUAAAUAUAAUCCAUUUCAUUCAAUGGGAGAAAUUGAUAAACACACCUCAGAUUUAGAUUUACUUGAUUAACUAGAUGACAAUUGA